GCAUGGCGCUGCACUGAGGGCAAAGGGAUUGUUUUCAUCUGCCUGCUUGUGCCAGCUUGCAUCGGUAGCAGUUUUGUAUUUUUAGACGCGUUUACAUUUGCACAGUAAACAAUGUCUUUCAAGGCGGCAGGUACAGCAUUGACACGCACACUGUGGACAAGGGGACAAGGGACUCCUCCUCUUGCACGAUCCCCGAAAGUGAACAGACUUUCUACAACAUGCAGGCUGUCUGCAGGAACAAAGCGGGGCAGCGAAAACACAGAAAAACAAAGUUGCAGCUCUGACGCUAAUGGAGACGUGUCGUACGUGCAACCAUCAGCCGACGACCCCCCUCACAGAUGCGCCACCGGGGAGAAGAAGCGACCCAAGGAGCCCGUGGGUGCUCCCGGUGUGACCGGUGUCAGGAGACGGUCUUACACCUCCACGGCAGCUCCGGUAAACCAGACGUCCUACCUGUGGGCUCGGUACAAUGACACCAAGCGGCUGGUCCACGACCUGAUCCCACCUGGUGCGUGUAACCUCCUCAACUCCUCCACCAUCUACGCCAACAACGAGGUCAACCUGGCCGAAGUGGACAUUUACGGCUUUGACUAUGACUACACGCUGGCUCUGUACUCAGAUGCGCUCAACACAAUGAUCUACAACACAGCGAGAGACUUCCUAAUAGAACACUUUAAAUACCCUGAAGGCAUCCACAAAUAUGAUUACAUCCCCAACUUCGCUGCUCGGGGUCUACACUAUGACAUUCAAAAGGGUCUUCUGAUGAAGAUAGAUGCCUUCCAUUACAUUCAGCCGGGAACAGUGUAUCGGGGACUGAGCCCAGUGCCAGAUGAGGAGGUCCUUCAGCUGUAUGGGGGGACUUACCAUGUCCCUCUGCAGCAGGACAGUGGCUUCUAUGGAAAAGGACCCAGGGUGAAGCAGUUCAUGGACAUCUUCUCCAUCCCUGAGAUGACUCUCUUGGCUGCUGCAAAUGAUUUCUUCAUCACCAACGACAUUGAAUACGAUCCAGUUCACCUUUUCAAGGACGUCUCGGAGGCCAUUGGCAUGGUCCACCUCAAAGGCUUCAUGUACAAAUGGGUCAUGGAAGAUCUUGAUAAGUUCAUUCUGAGAGGAGAAGAGACUGAUGCUGUUUUGCAUCGAUUGGUCAGUGAUGGGAAAAAACUAUUCCUCAUUACCAACAGUCCCUUCAGCUUCGUGGAUAAAGGAAUGACACACAUGGUGGGAAAAAACUGGAGGGAUUUCUUUGAUGUUGUCAUUGUGCAGGCAGACAAACCUCACUUCUUCACUGAUUGUAUCAAACCCUUCAGGCGCUUGGAUGGUAACGGGGAUCUUCGUUGGGAAAAGAUAAAGAGUUUGGAUAAAGGACAGAUCUACAAACAGGGAAACUUGUUUGACUUUCUCCGACUGACAGGCUGGAGAGGCUCAAAGGUUCUUUACUUCGGAGACCAUCUUUACAGUGACUUGGCUGAUCUGAUGUUACGACACGGUUGGCGUACAGCCGCCAUCGUGCCUGAGCUGGAGCAGGAAACCAAAGUGGUGAGCACAGACCGGUACGCUCUGAGCCUCACCUGGCUGCAAGCUUUGACCGGCCUGAUGGAACGCCUGCAGACACACCGGGAACCAGAGUGUAAACUGGUUUUUCAGGAAUGGCAGAAGGAGAGAGAAGAGCUCAGGGUGAUGACAAAGAACUUGUUCAACCCUCAGUUCGGCAGCAUCUUCAGAACGUGUCACAACCCCACUUACUUCUCCAGACGUCUGUCUCGUUUCUCAGACAUCUACAUGGCCUCCCUCAGCUGUCUUUUAAACUACGACCUCUCGUACACUUUCUACCCGCGCCGUACCCCUCUGCAGCACGAGGCUCCUCUAUGGAUGGACCAGCUCUGCACAGGCUGCAUGAAGACUCCUUUUCUGGAGGAGAUGUCUCACAUACGAUGAGAUCUGGGCUCUCCUCAGUGACUGUGUAAUGUUUUAGACCUUGAAAACAUUUUUUUUUUAUAGCUAGGGAUUCUUUUUAGUCAAGAAGAUGCCGCACAACUUCGUCCACGGGGCGAAGCAUUCCUGUUCUACACAGUGACCCACUUCCUAAAUGAAUUCACUAGAGGGUGCUGUAGAUGUAGCUGCUGUUCACAAAGCAUGCCAUCAAAGACUGACAGACACUUUGGUUGAUGCCUGAAUCAAAGGGAUUUGAAAAUACAGGUCAAUAUAGAGCUACCAACGCACAAUUACAACAAAUAAAUAAAUAAAAUGCAACAUAA